GCCAGACCCUAUAAAACCCAGUAGUCCUGCCUCAGAGCUUAGUAACAGCAGCGGCGGUCAGCACGGAGAGAUCAUCUACAAAUGGGCCAUUGUAACAACUAGCUCCUCUUCUACUUCAAGCCAUCCGCACCUUACAGCCGCAUCACAACCUCACAGGUUUCCAUUUUCCAUCUUUGAGCGGUUUUCCACCUAAGGUCGGAAAAAAUGGCAGCAAUUCCAUCAAGUGGCUCCCUCAUCGCCACCCAUGAUUACUAUAGAAGACGCCUCGGGUCCAACUCCAGCAACAGCUCCUGUGGCAGUGCUGAGUACACAGGGGAGGUCAUUCCACACCACCCAGGACUUCCAAGGCAAGACUCAGGCCACUGGUGGACUUCAUUUUUCUUUGCAAAACAGAACCAGCCCGGCAUGCAGAACGGAUCUGAAAAUCAAAAGAACAGAACCUACACAGUGGCCAACGGUCAGGUGACCUGCAUCGCCAAGGAAAUGGUUUUGAACAGACAACUCAGUGAAAACAGUGAAAAGUCCGAAACAUCGACCCCUCCACCUACUGCCUCCUAGACUCCAUCCCUCUGCUUCCCCCCACACCCUCAGCUUGCCAUCCAUGACUGGAGAUGGAGAUGAUGAUGGUGUUAGUUAAUGCUAUUUCCUUUUUGCCUAUGUAUAGUAUCUUUUUAUUAUGACCAAGAGUUUAAAAAAAUAUAUUGUAUGUAAAAAGUUUUUCAUUUCAAAAGUUGUUCAUUUCUUGUGACUUUACAUUGUUGAUAAUAAUAAUAAAAAAAUAAAA